CACUGCAGCAUCGCGAUACCACUGCACGGCUCGUCCAUUGUCGCUUCUCCAGCCAUUCGCAGCCGAUAAACAGCUCCCCGGCAAACAUACCACAUCAUGACUGGUCGAGGUGGAGGCGGCGGUCGCCGCGUCUUGCUCCCGCCCAUCAACAUGAUUUUCAAGCUCCUCCAGAAUAAUGCCACAGUCAGUGUCUGGCUGUACGAGCAGCUGUCAAUCCGCAUCGAAGGCAAGAUUCGGGGCUUCGACGAGUUUAUGAACUUGGUUAUCGAUGACGCCGUGGAAGUCAAGCAAAUCACAAAAACAAACGACAAGGAGACGAGGAAACCGCUGGGCCAAAUCCUGCUCAAGGGCGACAACGUCUCGUUAAUCCAGAACCUGUCCAACUAAAGUGCUUUUUUUUAAAUAAUUCUGAUACUAUGUAACUAUGGAGUUGCGUUACUUUGCAAAGGGAUAUUCUUCUUAUGAAUCACGCAUCACAUCUGGGUAGCAAAUAAACAAUGGGCUUGGGCAUAAUGGAAAUUGAUUCAGCCAAGUAGAAGCUA